AUGCAAACUACCAAGCUAUUUACCCCUCUUAAGAUCCGAGACGUCGAAUUUCCGAACCGCAUGGGUGUUCCGCCAAUGUGCAUGUAUGGAAGCAAGGAUGGAUAUGUGAGCGAUGUGCUCAUUGGUAUCUAUGCUGACUACGCCAUGAGUGGUUUCGGAGGGAUCAUCCAGGAAGCCACUGCUGUCGUUCCAGAGGGACGCAUUUGUGACCUGGAUUUGGGAAUCUGGAAGGAUGACUUUAUUCCCGGAUUAAAGCGCAUCGUUGACGUUGUCCACGUUUAUGGAGCCAAGAUCGGAAUUCAACUCGCGCAUGCCGGUCGUAAGGGAUCGUGCUACUACCCCGGUGCUCCAAAGGGCCGCACGAGCAUUCCUCUGGAGGAUGGCGGCUGGGAAGUGGUGGGUCCCACUGCCGAGCCUUACAGCAGCGCCUACGGAACGCCCCACGCGCUCACCAAAGACGAGAUCAAAGAGGUCGUCGACGCCUUCGCUGCGGGCGCUCGCCGCGCGGUCGAAGCAGGCUACGACUUCAUUCAGCUGCACGGAGCGCACGGCUUCCUUCUGCACGAGUUCUUAUCGCCUCUCAGCAACACGCGCACGGACGAAUACGGAGGCUCCUACGAGAACCGCACGCGUCUUCUCAAGGAGGUCGUUACCGCCGUGCGAGCCGUGAUUCCCGCGGGAAUGCCCCUGUUUGUGCGGCUGUCGAUGAGCGACUUCGUGGAAACGAGUUCCUGGGAUUUGCCCGAGGUCGAGAAGCUCUCGGUGGAGCUCACAAAGGACUUCGGCGUCGACAUGAUCAACUUCUCUUCCGCGGGACUGUCGCCGUUGCAGAAACUCCCGCGGGAAUGGGACUUCCAGCUGACGAUGGCGGAGAAGGUGAAGAAAGACACGGGUGUGGUGUGCUCAGCGGUGGGAGGCGUGGCGGACACGGCGACGGCGACGCGUGUGGUGGAUGAAAUGGGAAUUGAAGUCGUGGAAGUGGGGAAGGCUGCGAUCCGACAUGCAUUCAGCCCGAGAGCUGUCGCGGUGGAUUUGGGACAACCGAUUCCGCCGUAUAGAGAGGAGAUCCGAUGGGCUUCGAGAAUUCCUCAACAUGUGAAAUAUUGGAGUGUUUGUUCCAAACCUAUUUAG